AUGGUGAACCGCCAGAGGAAUCACACAGGAAAGAAACUGUUUGAAUGUCCUGAUUGUGGAAAAAGUUUUAUUAGGAAUUCUCAUCUCUUGAGACACCAGAGGACUCACACAGGAGAGAAACCCUUUGAAUGUCAUGAUUGUGAAAAACGUUUCAGUCAAAAUUCCAACCUGGUGAUACACCAGAGGACUCACACAAGAGAGAAACACUUUAAAUGUCCUGAUUGUGGGGAACGUUUCCUUAGAAAUUCCUACCUCAUGAGACAUCAGAGGACUCACACAGGAGAGAAAGCCUUUGAAUGUCCUGAUUGUGGGGAAAGUUUCAUUAAAAAUUCCCACCUCAUUAGCCAUCAGAGGAUUCACACAGGAGGGAAGCCCUUUAAAUGUCCUGACUGUGGGAAUAGUUUCAGUCAGAAUUCCUACCUCAUGAGACACCAGAGGACUCACACAGGAGAGAAACCAUUUGAAUGUCCUGAUUGUGGGAAAAGUUUCAGUCGGAAUUCCAGCCUGGUGAUACACCAGAGGACUCAUACAGGGGAGAAACCAUAUGAGUGUCCAGACUGUGGGAAAGAUUUCAGUACUAGAUCUAACCUUAUAAAUCAUGUCCGUAUACACACAGGGGAGAAACCAUUUAAGUGCCCUGAGUGUGGACAGUGCUUCAGGAAACAUUCCACCCUUAUCACACACAAGAAAAUCCACAUGAGGCUGAUUAUGCACGAGAGGAUCCACAGUGGAGAUAAGCCCUACAAGUGUUCCCAAUGUGGAAUGUCCAGAUUAUGUGAAAGUUUCAUUGGAAAUUCCCACCUCAUGAGACAACAGAGGACUCGCAUUGGAGAGAAACCCUUUGAAUGCCCUAUCUGUGGGAAAAAUUUCAGUCACAACUACAGCCUGGUGAACCACCAGAGGACUCAUACAGGAGAGAAACCCUUUGAAUGUCCUGAUUGUGAAAAAAGUUUCAGUCAAAAUUCUAAUCUGGUGAGACACAAGAGGACUCACACAGGAAAGAAAUCUUUUGAAUGUCCUGAGUGUGGGAAAAUUUUCAUUAAAAAUUCCCACCUCAUUAGCCACCAGAGGACCCACACAGGAGAGAAACUGUUUGAAUGUCCUGAUUGUGGAAAAAGUUUCAUUAGAAAUUCCCACCUUGUGAGACACCAGAGGACUCACACAGGAGAGAAACCUUUUGAAUGUCCUGAUUGUGAAAAACGUUUCAAUCAAAAUUCCAACCUAGUGAUACACCAGAGGACUCAUACAGGAGAGAAACACUUUGAAUGUCCUGAUUGUGGAGAAAGUUUCAUUAGAAAUUCCCACCUUGUGAGACACCAGAGGACUCACACAGGAGAGAAACCUUUUGAAUGUCCUGAUUGUGAAAAACUUUUCAAUCAAAAUUCCAGCCUAGUGAUACACCAGAGGACUCAUACAGGAGAGAAACCCUUUGAAUGUCCCGAUUGUGGGAAAAGUUUUACUAAAAACUCCCAUCUCAUUAGCCACCAGAGGAUUCACACAGGAGGGAAACCUUUUAAAUGUCCUGAUUGUGGGAAUAGUUUCAGUCAGAACUCCCAUCUUGUGAGACACCAGAGAACUCACACAGGAGAAAAACCUUUUGCAUGUGCUGAUUGUGGGAAACGUUUCACUCGGAAUUCCAGCUUGGUGAUACAUCAGAGAACUCACACAGGAGAGAAACCUUUUGAAUGUCCUGAUUGUGGGAAAUGUUUUAGUGAGAAUUUCAGCCUGGUGAAACACCAGAGGACUCACACAGGAGAAAAACCCUUUGAAUGUCCUGAUUGUAGUAAACGUUUCGGUCAGAGUUCCCAGCUCGUGAUACACCAGAGGACUCACACAGGAGAGAAACCUUUUGAAUGUCCUGAUUGUGGGAAAAAAUUCAGUAACAAUUCCAGCCUGGUGACACAUCAGAGGACUCACACAGGAGAGAAACCUUUUGAAUGUCCUGAUUGUGGAAAAAGUUUCAGUCGGAAUUAUGAUCUGGUGAUACACCAGAGGACUCACACAGGAGAGAAACCCUUUGAAUGUCCUGAUUGUGGUAAAAAUUUCAGUAAAAAUUCCAACUUGGUGAAACACCAGAGGACUCACACAGGAGAGAAACCAUUUGAAUGUUCUGAUUGUGGAAAACGUUUCAGUGAGAGAUCCCAUCUCAUUGCACACCAGAGAACUCACACAGGAGAGAAACCAUUUGAAUGUCCUGAUUGUGAGAAAAAUUUCAGUCAGAGUUCCCAGCUCAUUAUACACCGGAGGACUCACACAGGAGAGAAACCAUAUGAAUGUCCAGACUGUGGGAAAGAUUUCAGUACUAGGUCUAACCUUAUAAAUCAUGUGCUUAUACACACAGGGGAGAAACCAUUUAAGUGCCCCGAAUGUGGACAGUGCUUCAGGAAACCAUCCACUCUUAUUGCACACAAGAAAAUCCACAUGAGGCCCAAAAUGAUAUGUUUACAGAAGGCUGAAUUUCAUUUCUAA